AUGCGAUUUCUGUUGAUCCUAGAUGAAUAUACUUUAUUUUUGGGUCAUAAAUUUCAAAAUUCUAUCUUAUCAUUCUAUAUUGGCAUAUUCCAACUUUUUGUUUGCCUUUGGUCAUUAACACAACAUAUUUAUUCAAUUUUUUGGUUUAAAAAGGUAUUAUAUUGUGAUUUUACAAAUUCAACAGAAAAUGCCAUUCCUGUCCUAACAAAAGUAGAUGCCAUAAUUUUUGAUGUUGGAUUAUUUCAUUCUUUGUGGGGAAUUAGUCGCUGUGUUGCAGAACAUCUUGAUGGAGGAUAUGGUAGAUUUAUGUGGUGCUUAUGUCAUACCUUUGCUUUAUUAUUUUGUUUACCAUUUGCCUUUGUUCAACGUCCGAAACCACAAACAUUGUGGCCCUUACUUAUUCAACAAAGUGCUUAUGGAGUGGGACUUUUAAUUCUUUCAUUAGCAGCACUACCAAAAGUACUUCCAACAUUUAUGGGAGAUAUAACAAAAGCUCCAGUGGCUUCUAUUCUUUUUUAUCUUUUUGGUAGUUCAAUCAAUUUUUUUUUGUUAUAUAUUUACUGGCAUUGGUAUUGGUUUGUAGAAGCUGAAUGGGAAACGUCAAUGAAAAAAAAAUAUAAUUCAAAUGUGGGUAUUGAGAGAAAAAGAAUAACUGCAUUGAGUGAUGAUAAAGAUUUUGUUCAAAGAAAAAUUGGUACUGAAGAACAAGUUAAUAGAAAAAAAGAUAGUAAUAUGUUUCCUAUUUAUAAUACUACUGUAUUUCAUAAAAAUAAUAAUAAUCAUGUAGAAACAAUUGAUGAAUACAAUUUACAGAAAAAUGAUAUCAGAUAUAAAAAAUAUCCCAAUGACUUAAAAAAUGCACAAGACUUAAAUUUAAAUACACCUCUUCUUAAAACACAAUCAUUCUCAGAUUCAUAUGAUUCUUCAAUUCAAUCUUAUAGAAAUAAUAUUCCAAUGAACAAUAAAUAUACAAAUAUUGUUUCACCUCUUUCUGAAACUAAUUAUACUAAUCUUGUUAGUGAUUACAAUGACAUCAUUGUCCCUGUAUCAGAUGUUGAUGAUGAUAGUACUAAUGAAGAUUUAUCUAGAAGUACAGAUGAAUUAAAUAUACCUUUUCAAAAUAACAUCUAUACUCCAAGAAUGGGAAAAAUUAUUGGACAAAAAAAUUUACCCAAAACCUCAUUACAACUUUAUAGCACUAAUUUAGGUACACCAACAAAUUUUUCAUUUCAUCAUAGCAUAACUGAUUAUGCUUUUACAAAUAGAAUGUCACCGUAUAGUAGUAAACAUACAUCACCCAGAAAUCAUACACCAACUCAAGAGACAAAAUUUUUACAUCACAAUUGCCAUCCACAUGAAAGUGCAUAUCAGGUUUAUGAUUACUAA